GUGUUGAUGCUGACACAGGAAAUUAAGACAGUAUAUGAAGUUACAGACUGUUCACACAGCACACUUUCACACGGUUUCAAAUCAGCAGCAGCUCAGGACUUGAGAUCAAUAAAUACAAAGAAUUUUAUGCAUGUAAACACUAACGUGUGUUUCCUACAGGAUUGUCUGUUAAUGAAGAGAUGGACACAGCAGAGAAAAUAAUUAUUUUCUGUUUUCUGUUAGAAGGUGUUUGCUGUAGAGAUUUCAACAUCAGUCUGCCACAGAAGAUUAAAGCUCUCAUUGGAUCUUGUGUGAUCAUAAAGUGCAGAUUUGAGAUUAAAGAAGAAUAUGACGAACACCUCACCGAGAGAGCUACAGGAGUGUGGUACAAAGAUGGGACUAAUCUAAACAGAAAUGUAGUGUUUAACUCAAGCACAUCAAGCCAGAAAUCCUCUAUGAAAGGGAAAAUAAUUGGAAAAUUAAAAGAUAAGGACUGCACCACUAUCUUUUAUGACAUCAGAUCAAACCACAGUGGUCAGUAUUUCUUCAGGAUUGAGAGUGAAGGUAGACUGAAACAUACCUAUAUACAAGCCAAUGUUUCAAUAGAUGUGAUUGAGUCUCCUCCCAAACCCAGAGUGCAGCUGUAUGUGGAGCAGAAGGAGGUGCAGGGUCAGGAGGAGGUGUUGGAGAUGUUGGAGGGGAGCUCUGUGAGUCUGCGCUGCUCUGCUGAGACUCUCUGCUCCUCUCCUCCACCAACUCUCACAUGGAGCUCCACUCCCAGAAUCCUCCUCAAUGAGAGCAGCAGACUACAGGAUCUCAUCUCUAAUCUGAACUUCACUGCUACUCACCGUGAGCACGGAGUCACUUUCACCUGCACUAUAACCUACCAGCUACAGGAUAAGACCAAAACAGCACAGGACAGCAUCACACUACAUGUUCAGUAUUCACCCAAAAACACAGCAGUGUCUGUGAUUCCCUCUAGCUCUGUGUUGGAGGGCAGUUCAGUGACUCUGGUCUGCAGCAGUGAUGCAAAUCCAGCAGUGAUCUACACCUGGUCCAGAGAGAGUGAAGGACAGUUGAAACAGCUGCAGACUGGAGACACUCUUACCUUCAAUAGGACCGACCCGACACACAGAGGCUGGUACCACUGUACAGCUCAGAACCAACACGGCAGCCAAAACUCAUCUGUGAAGCUGGACAUUCAGAGUUUGAAUCAUUUCUCUUUGCUGAUUGGAGUUGCUGUUGUGGCUCUGGUGGUCAUGUUGUUAAGCGCCAUUACAUGCAUCUGUGUACGAAAAGGGAAUGGGAAACUUUCACAGACUACACAAAAAGGCACCAAGAGAAGUGAUCGAAGUACCAGUGAAGUCGCCCCACAUGAGAAUCAAGAUGACCCUGUUUAUGUCAUGAUGUCAUCUGCUGGAGCCGCAGCAAAUCAAGACUCCAUCAUUUAUUCCUCCAUUGUCUUCACAAAAUCAGAAUCACAAGAGUUUGGUAGCCUCUCUUCGCCUGACUACGCUGUGAAACAGGAUUGUUCUGAAGGGCUGUUAAAGACUGAGAGCUCAAUAGGAGAGUCUUCAAGAGCCAGAGAAGCACAGGUGAUUGUGAGUGCAAAUGUGCGAGCUAAAGAAGCAGAGGAAGAGCUGUUUGAAGACUCCUCUCAGAUUUACGCAAAGGUUAAACGGCAUAAGCCAUAGAAAACUAGAGAGUUUACCAUUCCUCUAUUAGUUGUUUUUCCAAAAAAAUAUAUAUUU